AUGAGCAAGCGCUCAGGAGUUGUACUCAGUGCUUCGAAGAUCACCGCAAGUGCGCAGAGCGUAUGCCAGGACAGAAGUGCUGGGAGUGUAGACAAAGAAAAAAGGAUUGCAGUGAUGAAACUCUCCAAGGUGCAACGGGCCCUGACACAGACCGCUCUCCAACUGGAGUUCACCCACCGCCCUCCGCGCAGCCACAGCAGACGUGUGGAAAGUCCCUUUUUUCCUAUUGACGACAUCGAUUUCCCAGAGCCACGGGAGGCGGAGCACCAUCCCUCCACUUACUACAUGACUAGCCAGGUCCAAAUCCCUCGAUACUCUUCACGCAUGUAUAUGCAUGCCAAUUCCGGCGAGUUUGGAUACAACACCCACACAGCGCAAGACAAUAACCAAUACGGGUACGUAAGUCCAGCGUCAUUCCUGGACGACCAAAGAUCGUUCACGGUCUAUGACUACAAUCAAACAACGGAGCCACAGGCACACACAGUCGACUCAAAUAUGGCUACAGAAAGCGUGCGAGAAGGGUCAAGAGCUGACGAAGAUGGAGGGGCAGAAGCUGAUGAGGAAGAGGAAGAGGAAGAGGAGGAGGAAGAGGAAGAGGAGGGGGAAGGGCCCAGACGGGAGGCUCUGUGGCCUGGGAACCCCUGUGGUACCCCGUGGCAAUACAACUAA